CACCACCUUUCUUCCUGACCCUUUCCACCCGUCAAGCAUCGGAGGGCGACGAUGUCGACUCCGAAAGCUCCAGCCGGGCACUUCACCAUCCUCUACUUCGCCGCGGCCUCCUCGUACACCCGCAAAGACCAUGACUUCCUCCCUGCUCCUCUAGCCUUUCAUAUGCUGUUCGAUGUGCUCGAUCAAAAGUAUCCCGGGUUGAGAGAGAAGGUGCUGGACUCUUCUGCUGUCACGGUCAACUUGGAGUAUGUGGACAUGGAGGAAGAGGUGGCUAAGAAAGACCGUGCCGACGGCAGCUUGGCCCUGAAAGAGGGCGAUGAGGUGGGCAUCAUUCCGCCCGUCAGUUCAGGAUGAUGGCGCUUGGGUUAUAUCUUUUGCCAGUGAAUCAUGAGGCGGGGCACGGAUUGGCCUCUCCACUGCGCCGAGAGUUGCGAGUCCAGUCAGGUCAAGCAAUCUGCGACCCGAGCCUCAGAAUCGUCGUGCAGGAAACGGCGCAAUAGCAAUGAGCAUAUGGAU